UGCACCGUGACGUAACGUACAACAUCGUUGUGCAGCGCUAACAGUGCGUAACAACGACAUUAUUUAACAAAAAUGAAAGAAAAAUAUGAAAACAUGGUAAAAUAAAAUGGAAUACAUAUUAGGUUACAGAGAAAAUAUCAGAGGGUAUGGCAGAAAAAGAACCCAUAAAAUGUCUGCUACAGAAUCGCUGAAAGAUGCUCAGAGUUCUAGCGGAGUCGGUAAUACAUGUACAAACCCUUCUUUGGAGAAUAUAGAAAAUAAUAAAUUGGUUGUGGACAGAUUUGCCUCCCUUUUCAACAAUGAAAAAUUGAGUGAUAUAAUAAUACAAGUUGGGGACGAAAGAUUUUACGCCCAUAAAUUCAUGCUGAUCAUCUGCAGUGAGGUCUUUGAGGCAAUGUUAAAUGAGGAUAGAUGGAAAGAAGCAAGCCAACCUGAGAUUAAACUGACAGAGGAGGAGGAAUGUAUACCUGUAUUUUCUCUAUUCCUCCGGUACAUAUAUUCUGGUUCUGUUGGUCUAACAACAGAUAACGUUCUGCCAAUAUUGCUGUUAGCUGACAAGUACUGCAUCCCUGCACUUAGUACAGCCUGUGUGGAAUACAUGACCCGUCACAUUGUUGAAUCACCCGACACAAACCGAACCUUGUCAUGGUACCAAUACUCCAAGAUGACGGGAAACAGCCUACUUGUGGAUAAGUGCCGCAAAUUCAUCUUAUCAAAUUUUGAAAUCAUUCUGAAGACAGCAGACUGGAUGGAUCUGUCGAAAGAUGAAGUUGUGGAGUUUUUGUCAAGUAGCGAUCUUGUUAUUUCAAACGAGUUUGAUUUAUGGCUAAAGCUUGAGCAGUGGCUGUUGAGUGAAAGUAACCACAAGGAUGUUGCAUUAAAUGUGAAGGAAGUUGUCCCGCUCUUGAGGUUUAAAAUGAUGCAGCCAAAGCAGUUGUUGGAGAUCGAAAAGUCACAGUUGUAUGUGGAUCACAAAGAUAUAUUUUCUGAUAAAAUAAAUGCCGCAUAUCGUUACCAUUCACUCAUCAUGAAUGAAGUGUAUCAAAAUCACAGGGAUGAAAUGUUCCGGAACUAUAUGUGCAAAUUUUACUGCCUAUGUAUAGACCUCACAUUGCUGCAUUACAACUACGUAGAGAAGUUUGAGAGCAAAAUCAACCAUUUGGUAACUAUCCCAGUUGAUGUUGUUGCUUCGUCCAACAAAAAGAAUAUGAAAGAGAUCCCUUUUGAGGUCACGUUCUGGCCCAAAGGUCCAUUCAAGACAUUCAGUUGGUACGGCUACACGUCCCCAAAUGUCACUAUGUCGUUGAAAAUGCUGUGUAAAAAUUUGUCUGCUGUGGACACUUCCAUGUCCCUGAUCUUGUACGGGAUCAAAAAUGGGGUAAAAUACGUUGCCUUCUCCUACAAUGCCACCCAUAAAUUUACAGCCUCGUCUAGCGUCUUCACAGAAGACAAUGUUGUCCAAAUAGAACAUCUCAAGGCAGAUAACUCUCCAUACAUUGUAAAUGGGAACCUUGAAGCAAAGUUGUUCUUGAAGAUUAAGGAUGUCGAGUGGGAUAAAGAUAAUUAACUUUCUACCUAGCAGCUUUUGUUAUAUCUAUGUAUAUUAAAGUGGCUGAAUUUUUAAGGCGUGUGCUUUCAGUUUUCUAGUCUGAAUGUAUUUUUAUCUUUGAAUUGUUGUUUUACAGUUAAAUCUUUAUGAUUAAGCUUGAAAUCCUAUUAGAAUCUCCCUUAUUGAACGCGGCAUUAUAUUAGUAACUUGUGUUCAUUUUUUCAUUAUUUGUUUACCAAUAAUGGCCAGGUCUGAAUUGAACAAAUUUUUAUUCUUAAAAUUGUUAUUGCAGUAUCUUUUUAUAUAGUGUUCAUGUUUCUAUUUUUAUGAAAUACCGGUACUUACUUUUUCAUAUAGAAAAGCUUAUUAAUACUGUAUUUAUUUAGCAAUGUUGUUUAUUGUUGUUAUUAUAUUGCUUUAAAUGUAUAAAACAUAUCAAAAUUUUACAUAUAAAAAUCUCACUUUAUUGUAUUAAAUUGUAGUAAACUUU